GCUAACCAGUCUUUGGUUAAGAAGUUAGCAAUUAGUUUGAAACUUACUGUCGAGACAGUUGGAUCGGUUUCGGUGGUUUCUUCGUUCAGUUAACGCGGGCUUAUUCAUCUGCUUUCGUUAUCGUUUCUGUUUUCGGUGUCACGACUCACGAGUGGCAAAACAAUAAUAAUUUUUCAAUAAAUCUCCUUUCGGCGGCGCGCGGAGAGGUUAAGAAACGUGUGUCUUGACCGCAUAGUACAUACCUAUAUAAGUCACGGACUGUACCAAUAGUUUAAACGGUGAUCUGCGAAGUGAUUGAAGAGUUUCACUCACCAGAUAAAUCAACAUCUCCACAAGUGAAACGUUAAUCAAUUUCAGAAGACAUGAUUCAACAAAAAUACUUAAUUGCUGCAUUCGCAGUAAUAUUAAUAUCAUGGACACCAAUCUCAAGUCUUCCACAUGGUGCUCCGGAAACAGUCUGCGACACAAUGUUGCCAUAUCAUAGUGGCAUAGAGCCAUCGAUUUCGGUGCCACCUUUCCGGAUAGAACCGUCUGCAGCAAUGAUUGGUCAAGGACAAACAUUAAGGGUCGAUAUUGUAGGCGCUCCGGAAGGCCUCAACUUUGGGGGUUUCAUGAUCCAAGCAAGAAAUAGGAAUCCACCUUAUCAAAUUUUGGGACAAUUCAAUCCCACUCCUGAUGGUUCAGUUAAGCUGAUGAAUUGCGAAAAUUCAGUAAAUAAUUCAGCCACUCACUCCAACGCCAGUCCGAAACCUAUCGUUUCUUUGGAAUGGCAAUGUCCGGUUGACUUUCUUGGCCAAAUUGUGUUCAAUUCAACGAUAGCACAGACUUACGACACGUUUUGGGUUGGUGUUCCAUCAAACCCAAUUCAAGUUGUAAAGAGAGAAAUCGCUCCUCCAGUUAUUGGUAUAUCAAGCACCCGACCACCUCUAACAAACACUAGGAGAACUUAUGUUCCUGAACCAGAGAAGGUGGCACCGGUGCCCAAAGUUGAUGAUCCGUUUUACAGAAGCUGUGCAAGAAGUAAAACAUGUUUUGGAUUUCCAGAUGGAUGUAUUAAAACUAAAACCUGUACAGCUAUUGCCGCAGUACUAGUUCGUGGUGAUAUCUAUGAGUUUGAGCUUAAGGGUGCAACAAACGAACCAGCUUAUCUUGCAUUAGGAUUGUCCAAUGACGAUAAAAUGGGUGACGAUUUGGUAACGGAAUGUAUAGCUCAAAACGGAAAUGUUGCAUUGCACACAUCACUGACGUCUGGCAAGCCCAACUAUGGAACAACUAGAAUUGGUGUUCCUCAAAAGAACGUGAAACUACUUGAUUCAUCCCUCAUCGAUGGAAAAAUUUAUUGUAAGGUCCAGCGAGAUAUCCUGACAACCGUUCAAGGACAAAUGUUCGAUCUGAUGAACAAUCAAUACUAUGUUAUGUUAGCAAUUGGAAAAUCCGUUAACGAUAAUGGUGUUGGUCACCACGGAAUCGGUCGAAUCGUUUCUGCAAAACCGAUCGUAUUAUCUGAAGUUCAAGAUCUAUCAGGAUCUUCCAAUAUUUUGCUCCGACUUCAUGGUGUUUUUAUGAUAACUGCUUGGAUUGGAUCAACAUCUCUUGGAAUACUUUUGGCCCGGUAUUUCAAGCAAACAUGGGUUGGCAGUACUACAUGCGGAAAAGAUCAAUGGUUUGCGUGGCAUAGAAUAUGCAUGGUGACAACCUGGGCACUUACAAUGGCUGCAUUUGUUAUAAUAUUUAUUGAAAUUGGAGGUUGGUCAGCUGCCCGUAACCCACACGCUAUAUUAGGUGUUAUAACGACGGUGUUGUGUUUCAUUCAACCCAUUGCGGCUAUGUUCAGACCAGGACCGAAUGACAAAAAACGACCAAUUUUCAACUGGAUGCAUUGGUUGGGAGGAAAUUUGGCUCACAUUAUUGCAAUUGUGGCUAUAUUUUUUGCGGUUAAAUUAACCAAAGCAGAGCUUCCCGAAUGGAUGGACUGGAUUUUAGUGGCGUUUGUUGCAUUCCAUGUUAUUGUUCAUUUAAUAUUUUCCAUUGGAGGAUGCAUGGCUGACCGCCAAGUCAGUCAAAGAGUGAACUCAUUCCCAAUGGGAGAUAUGUCAGGAAAUAGAAAUGGCAUUAAGCUGGAAAGAAAAAUGGAUGCACCGUUUGCUAGUUUCCGUAAAGGACUAUUAAGUAUCUACAUUAUUGUGCUGAUUUUCUUUGUAGUUGUACUAGAUAUAAUCGUGUUUUUGGCGCCAAUUGAUCGAACAUACGAUGAUAUAAAAAGUAAAUUGGCUCAAUAAUCUACUGCAUCCAUGAUGAUACCCUUUUUUAUAUUUUUGUAUGUUAUUUAAGUUAAUUUUCUUCCUUUCGUUUAACCUUAACUCUACCAGAAACAAAGCAAUUCUGAGAAAAACUGUGUUUGAAUAAUCUGAGAAAUAUUGACGUUGUUGUUUGUAAAAAAUCGAAACUGUAGAGCUCUUUACCAAUAUCGUUAUAUAUGUAUCAACCGAAGUAUGUAUAUACAAUACGUGUAUUUUGGAUUGUUUAAUAUUUUCCAAUUUUUGGCAAACUCAAAAUUGUUUUCUCAAAAAUCUCUGUGCUCCCAACAAUUAUAUUCUAACAAUAUAAAAAGUACAUAACACAAUAGGUAUAGUUAUAUAAAAUUUGUUAUUUAAAAACAUAGCAAAUUCGAUACCACAUUCCACUAGAUUAUAAUUUUGUAAUGUACAUUCUGUUUUAUGUUCUUUUGUACAGUUAUAAUUUUUGAUAAUUAUUAUUUUUUUGUAUAUAAAAGAUUUAAUACUAUUUUAAGGAUAAGUCUAAUUUAUUUUAUAACAAAUAAAUGUUAAUUAAAAAUGAAAUAAA